AUCCAACGCCAGAAGCAACGGUCGUGCACAAAACUUCUCGUCGUCAGUCCGUCUCGCCAUUCAGCUCUUCGAAUCCAACUCUUGCUUCAGAAUCUCUUCAAUGGCGAAUUUCGGUACUUACCAGGAAUCGUGCCCUUCAAUAAAAAACAUUCUUCUUCUGGAUUCAGAAGGUAAACGGGUAGCUGUCAAGUAUUACUCAGAUGACUGGCCCACGCUAAAUGCAAAGUUAGCUUUCGAGAAAUCGGUGUUCACUAAAACUCAGAAGACAAAUGCUCGGACUGAAGCGGAAAUCACAAUGUUAGAUAAUAACAUUAUUGUCUACAAGUUCGUUCAAGACCUACACUUUUUUGUCACUGGAGGUGAUGAUGAAAACGAGCUCAUCCUAGCCACUGUACUUCAGGGAUUCUUUGAUGCAGUUGCCCUCCUCCUCAGAAGCAAUGUGGACAAAAGGGAAGCACUAGAGAACUUGGAUCUCAUUCUUUUAUGCCUUGAUGAGAUUGUUGAUGGAGGUAUGGUUCUUGAAACGGAUGCAAACGUUAUCGCCGGAAAGGUCGCAUCUCAUAGCAUGGAUGCUGGUGCACCCUUGUCAGAGCAGACCAUAACCCAAGCUCUAGCCACAGCUCGUGAACAUUUGACCAGAUCCCUUCUGAAGUGACACAUGCAACCAUGCGUGACAAAGAAAGGGUUUGUUUAGCUGUUCACCUUUCAGAUUUCUUUCAGGUAGGGCAGGGUGAUUUGCUUUCUUCAUUCUUAUUUUACUCCGUCCAGAUAUUCAGGCUAUUAAGGGAUCCAUUUUUGUUGUCUUUGGAUGGAGUACAAGCACAUGUUAGGUUGCACAUACCCUGUUGUAACCCGCUAUAUCAUGUCAUGAUUUGGGUACGAAGUGCAUUGACAUAUGAAUUGGUAAAUUGAGGAAUUGAUGGUAAAAUUUCUUAAAAUAUGUAACACUAGAUCUAAGGGCUGAA